AUUCAAUUGAAGUCAUAAAUUAGGAGAAGAUCAACUAAAAAAGAAAAAGUAGAUAGAUCGAUCGAAAGAGGAGGAACCAGUAGCAUAGCACUAGCAGCAGCAUUACUUACCGACGCAUACGCCGACACAAACACAAUCUCAACUUCAUUUCAUUCAACUUCGAGAACGAAGCAUGGCUAUGAACAAAUCAAGUGUUACGCUAUUACGAGCAACUUUGAUAAUAGUUGCUGUAUGCAUAGCAGGUUAUAUAUUAGGUCCACCACUCUAUUGGCAUUUCAAAGAAGGUUUAGCUGCUGUUAAACACUCUUCUUCUUCUUCUUCUUCAACUUGUUCCCCUUGUCUCUGUGAUUGUUCUUCUCAACCCACUUUCUCAAUUCCACAAGGGCUGAGCAACAUUUCCUUUGGAGAUUGUGCUAAGCCUGAUCCAGAAGUUAAUGGAGACACCGAAAAGAAUUUUGCAGAGCUAUUGUCGGAAGAACUAAAGCUACGUGAAAGUCAAGCUUUGGAAAAUCAGCGACGAGCUGACAUGGCUCUGCUUGAAGCAAAGAAGGUUGCAUCUCAGUAUCAAAAGGAAGCAGACAAGUGUAAUUCUGGUAUGGAAACGUGUGAGCAGGCAAGGGAGAAAGCCGAGUUGGCAUUAGUCGCUCAGAAGAAAGUAACUUCUUUGUGGGAACUCCGAGCUCGCCAGAAAGGAUGGAAAGAAGGGGCUGCGAAAUCUAAUACUCAGUCUCAAGGAAAAGUACAAACUUCUUAGAAACAUAGCAUGGCCUCCUCAAUGGAGUGUUUCUUGCAUAUCACUUUUCAGUGUGUUUUUAACUGCUUGUAAUAGUAUAUCAUGUAGUUCUCAUAUGUGAACAUGAAAGGUUAAGUGUAAAAUACAAAUGUUUUAUUUCUACCAUCCAGUUUUGGCCAUUGAUUCCACAUGUACCACUAUUAAAAGCUAGAAAUCGGUGUUUUUGUUUACUGUGAUAAAGCUUUACAUGGAAAAUAUUUUACAA